GGGGCUUGGCCUCCUGCAUCCAGCACAGACUUGCUCUGAUCCACCCCAGCAUGGAGUCCGUCAGCGAGAUGCCAGCGGGGGACGGCCCUGGGGAGGACAGCAGUGACAUGGACCUGUCCCACCGAUUUUCCAGGCGAGAGCUCAACCUCUUGUACGAGGAGGUUCUCUACACCAUCCUGCACCGCCAGGGCAAGCCCGAACCCGCCUAUGUUGCCGAUGCCGAUGAAUUGUACGAGUAUGUGCAAAAGGCCUUCAGCAUGGACCCGGAGGAGCAUCACGUUAUACUGCAGCGGGUCAGAGAGUUGGAGAAACCUAUUUUUUGUCUGAAAGUGACUGUGAAGCAAGCCAAAGGCAUUCUGGGUAAAGAUGUCAGUGGGUUCAGCGACCCGUACUGCCUGCUGGGGAUAGAAUCAAAGAGACAAGAGCCUUCCAGCGACAGCAGCUCCCAUCCGGAGAACAAGAAGCCAUUAAAGGCCGUGGUGAAAGACAUGAUCCCCGAAGACCAGACCCACCGCACCCAAGUCAUAAAUCAAACUCUCACUCCUGUGUGGAAUGAGACAUUUAUACUGGAGUUUGAUGAUGAAGCAAAUUCCAGCUUCCAUCUGGACAUGUGGGACUUGGACAUGGAGGAAUCCGUGCGGCAUAAGCUGGGAGAGCUGACCGAUCUCCAUGGCCUGAAGAGGAUGUUUAAGGAGGCUCGGAAAGACAAAGGGCAGGAUGACUUCCUUGGGAACUUGGUUCUUCGCUUGCAGGACCUGCAUUGCAGGAAUGACCACUGGUACAACCUGGAGCCCCGGACAGAAACCCACCCCAACCGGGGGCAGUGCCACUUGCAGUCCCUGAUGACUCACAAGAAGAGGGCCACCUCUUUGAGCAAGACCCAGCCGAGUUACACCGUCCAUCGCCACCUGUUGCAGCAGAUGGUGCUCUAUGAGAUCCUGCAGCACCAGGCCGGGAGUACUUCCUGGGAUGGGGAGCUGAGUAAACAUGCCACCACUAUCCUGUACCUACACGCCGCUCAGAAAGACCUGUCUGACUUUCACCAGGUCAUGGCCCAGUGGCUGGCUUACAGCAAGCUCUACCAGAGCUUAGAGUUCAACUGCAGCUGCCUGCUCCACCAGAUCACCAGCAUCGAGUACCAGUGGAUCCAGGAAAGGCUGCGACCUGAGCAGAAAGCAGAGCUGGCUGAAUCUUUCCAGUCCUUGCUGGCCUAUGGAAUCUCUCUCCUCCAGAAGUACCGCAGUGUCUUCCCGCUCUCUUCCCCAACGUCCACGCUCAGGCUACAGUCGUUGCUCAGGGUCCUGCUCCAGAUGUGUAAAAUGAAAGCCUUCCAAGAGCUUUGUUCUCUGACCCCUAACCUUCAGCAGAUGGUGAUAGAGGCCCUCAAGUCAGGAACCACUGAGUGGUUUUAUAUGCAGAAGCAGCACCUGAAGCCAAUGGUGAAGACCAUGGAGGAGAAUGGGAAAGCACUGGUCAGGCUUCUCAUGGAGGUGAAUGGGGAUCUCGAACGAUGCUACAAAACCUGGAACAAAUUCUUCACCAACACAGUGAAGGUGGAUCUCUUCUCCAUUGCCUACCUGGAGCUACAGGAGCUGGUGUCAUGUCACGUCAAAGAAGAGCUGAGUGAGAUUGACAGCAGCAUGUCCCAACUCACAGCAGAGAGCCUUUUCCAGCUCUACAUAAGCCUGCAGGAGCUUUAUCGGAUGAAGAGCUUCCUGUUCAAGAGGGAUGGCCCCCUUGCUCUGACUGACUUCCACCAGUGGUUUAAGGAAGCCAUCCCCAAGUGGCUCCAGAAGACCUACCUGAUAGCGCUGGAGAGGACCCAGAGAGCGAUCCAGGUGGACCAGCUGAUGCCCCUGGGGGAGCUGAAUAAACACAGCACGUCCACUGUUGACCUGUCCACGUGCUAUGCUCAGAUUGUUAAAACCUGGCAGCAGCUGGACUGGCCGGACCCAGAAGAAGCCUUCAUGAUCAUGGUGAAGUUUGUUGAGGACAUGUGUAAAAUCGCUCUGACAUACUGCAAGCUGAUCAAGACCCGGGCGGAGGAGCUGUCGUCGAAGCAGCGGGACGAGGGGGAUGCAGCCAACAGGCUCUGCAUCGUGGUGAACAACGUGGAGCAGCUGCGGCUGCUGAUCUUGAAGCUGCCGGCGCAGCUGGACUGGGGGCGCCUGGAGCAGCGAAUGGAGGGCAUCAUUGAGCCGGAGCAGAUCCAGCACACCCUGCACAACCAGCUGCAGGGCACCAUCACCUGUCUCGACCACGAGAUCAGAGACGUGGUGCAGAACCUGGCAAAAAAGCUGGAUGCCGGGAUCUCCAGGCACAUCCAGAAGCUGGCGGCCUCCAGUGACUCUAAGGAUCCAGAAGAUUCCAUCAUUCCCCUAAUGAAGUUCCUGGAGUCGGAGCUGCAGUACAUGAACCAGCAUCUGGUCCAGGAGAACUUUAACUGCCUCCUGGAGCUGCUCUGGAACCACAUCCUGAAUGAACUGACCGCUGCAGCCAACCAGCAGCAAAAUUCCUCCAGGUACUACAAGAAGCUGAAGUUCGCCUUGCAGAGCCUGGAGCUCUGCUUUCACGCUGAGGGCUGCGGGCUGCCAAUGGACACCCUGCACAUGCCAGCAUUCAUGGAUUUGGAGGAAGGGCUGAAGCUCCGCUCCACCACGAGCAGAAAACUCAUCCAGAACUACUUCAGCGAGAGAAUCCGAGAGCAGCUGGAGAUCAGCUCCGAGAAGUACGGUGCAGUGACCAUUAAAGCUCUUUACCGCCCCUCGGAACAAAAGCUCCGCGUUGAAGUGCUCAACGCUGUCAACCUCAUCCCGCUGGACUCGAACGGCUCCAGCGACCCCUUUGUCCAGCUGACCCUGGAGCCGCGACAUGAGUUCCCGGAGGUGGUGGCGCGCAAUACCCAGUGCUGGAAGAACGAGCUCCACCCGCUGUUCGACGAGGCCUUUGAAUUUCUGGUCCCUCCCGAGAAAUGCCAGCAGGACGGCGCCUGCCUGCUGCUCACAGUGUUCGACUACGACAAGGUGGGAGCCAACGACCUGGAAGGAGAAGCCUUUUUCCCCCUCUGCAAUGUGCCGGGACUGACCGGAGACGAGGAAGCGGCUGACCCAGCCCGGGUGUCCCAGACCCGGUUACCGCUGAUGCACCCCAAACCCACUGGGGACCCACUCCUGAAGCUGCUGGAGUCCAGAAAAGGGGAUAAGGAGGCACAGGCCUUUGUGAAGCUGCGCAAGCAGCGGGCGAAGCAGUCCAAGGAGAGUGUGUGA